UUACAAAGGUACCCACUCCUAUGGCCACACAGUUGGUACCUAUUGAGAUACCUAAACAAUAAUCGAAUAACCGCAGACUAAACAAAAGAGUUAAGAUAAACAGAAGAACAAUCUCAUCUCAGUAUAAACAUAAUUUAAUCCAGUUUAAUCCAGUAUAAUUUUCAAACACAAUAUUCGGCACCAUAGGUUAAGUGAUUAAAUGUAACAUAGCAUUAAGUCAGUUCUUAAGUUCAGUUCAAUAAAGCAAGAUCAUCUCGAUCCGAUUAUUAAUAAAAAUUGUGCGUUGCGUUUUCAUUUUAAAUUCUCCACGUUGGGAGAAGUUUUUAUAUUUUUUUAAGAUUCACGAGAAUCAGUGACUUAACUGGCGCAGUCGGUAGGAUACCCAGUAUCCGCUCGCUCGAAUAUAAAUAAUAUCGGUUAAACCAAAAUCCGAUCUAAUAAAAGUGAGAAAAUUAUUCUGAUCUUAAACUGAGUAAAUUUGGGGUUGUGCGACCUUAUUAAUAAGGGAAAGUCAUAUAAACGCACUCUGAAAACACCUAUUGAGACUGAUAGGUUCGACCCAAAACUCUGAUCAAAUAAUAUAAAUAAAAUCACAUAAAUUCGACAAACUACAUAAUAUAAACAUAAAAUGGAGCAACAAAUUAGUCUUCUUUUAAACGCGACGGCUGAGCAGAAAGAACUCCUGCGGCAGCAGCAGUUAUUGCAGCAACAACAACAACCAGACACACAAGAACAUGACCAACAGCAACAUGACCAACAGCAGCAACAAGACCAACAGCAACAACAGCAAGAACAACUACCUGAUAUCAAACCUGUUACAAUUGUUCUACCAGAGAUGGAAAUAGUAAAAAUUAUUCAAAGAGUUAAACCGUUUAAUGCAGAAGGGCCAAGAGACGUGGCAUCCUUUAUAUAUGACAUAGAUAUUAACUUACAAUAUCUAACACCAGCCACAAAGGCUUUUACAAUACAAAAUGUAGUCAGAGGACUAAUACAGGGAAGAGCUCAACAACCAAUUCGAAUGCUAGGACCAUAUGCAACAUGGACAUCAAUGAGAGAAACACUUAUCAAAAACUUCGGACCCCAAGAAAGUUAUAUCAACAUAUACACAAAAGCAAUUUUCAAUCAACUCAACAGAAAAACAAUCUUUAUAAUUAUAACAUUGUUAACUAUGAGUCAAAUAACAAGCAUAAAUGCUGAUAUCCAAAUAGAAAACAUAGAAGAUGAAGGAAUCAUCCUAAUAAAAGAUGGAGACAUACCAAUAAUAAGCGAUUAUUAUCGAAUUUAUCACAGAAUUAAUUUACAAGAAUAUUUAGACACUAUAUAUAACUUAACUUUAUAUAUACACCAAAACGCAGAUAUUAUAGGGAAAGCGGCUAUGAUACGCCAACAAAUGUUACUAGCAACUAUGAUAUGA